CUAUUCAUCUCCUUCCGAUUCCCUUAACGCAAAAAGGCUUCUCAGAUUCUCAAACACUCUUCUCACUCUCUGUCUCGCUCUCACGAACACUUUUCUCUUCUCACUUGUUGUCUUUGUUUUUUCCAAUUGGGAGUUAAAGAGUUUAAUUUUCUGGUCCACCCAAGAUAUGUUUUCUGGCUGUGCCACUAUGGAUUUCAACACGAGACAUUUGAUUAAACUAGAAGAUAGAUAAAGACAUCUAAUAAUUUUGUCAAUGAUGAAGCUGUAAAAAAGUAAAUAAAUAUAACUUACCAAUAAUGAUGUAGGAAGAAGCAAAAGAUAAAGACACCCACCAAAUUUAUCUCCUAAAAGAAAAAGAUAGAGACCAACCAACCAGAUUAUAUUGUUUGUCGUUUCAAUCGACAAAACCCACAAAUCAUAUCAUUUCAUCAACCAAAUCAAAAAACAAAAACAUAACAAAACAAUUCCCCCUCAUGUCUAAUUCCACUACAGAAUCUAUCACCCCUCUUCUACCACAAAACAACAACCACCUUCAAGAAAACCCAAUCCCAGACCCAAUUCCACAAAAUGGAACAGUUUCUGGAGCAGUAUUCAACAUAUCAACAACCAUGGUGGGUGCUGGAAUCAUGUCCAUUCCGGCAACGAUAAAAGUUCUUGGUAUAAUUCCGGGGCUAUUGGUGAUCGUGUUGGUGGCAGUUAUAACUGAUUUAACUGUUGAGUUUAUGUUGAGGUGUACAAGUUCUGGUAAAGCUGUUACGUAUGCUGGUAUGGUGGGAGAGAGUUUUGGUUCUGUUGGAUCUCUUGCUGUUAAGAUUUGUGUUAUUACCACUAAUCUUGGUGUUCUUAUCGUCUAUUUCAUUAUUCUUGGAGAUGUGCUAUGUGGAAAUGAGUUCAAUGGUGACACACAUUUAGGUAUUCUACAGCAAUGGUUUGGUAUCCACUGGUGGACAUGUCGUGCUUUUGCUCUUCUUACAGUUGCACUUUUCAUAAUGCUUCCCCUAGUUAUGUUACGCCGUGUAGAUUCACUCAAGUAUAGUUCUGCUUUAUCAAUCCUACUAGCAUUGGUUUUUGUUGUAAUAUGCUCCUCAAUGGCAUUACAUGCAUUAUGGUCCGGGAAAACUCAGUCUGUGAGAAUACUACCCGAUUUCUCUCAAGUCACUGCCCUCGAUCUUUUCACCACUGUCCCCAUUUUUGUCACAGGGUUUGGAUUUCAUGUCAAUGUUCAUCCCAUUAGAGCAGAGCUUGUAAAACCAACAGACAUGAGUAUUGCCGUUCGACUUUCAUUGUUAAUAUGCGUAGCCAUUUACUUUGCUAUCGGGUUCUUUGGAUACCUAUUGUUCGGGGAGUCGAUCAUGCCAGAUGUAUUGAUAAACUUCGACCAAAACUCCGAUUCAAGCAUCGGUCGAUUGCUUGACGAUGUUGUUCGGCUAAGCUACGCGCUCCAUCUUGCACUUGUGUUCCCUAUCAUGAACUAUUCCUUGAGGGCCAACAUAGACGAACUAUUAUUCUCAAAGAAAAAUAAGCCUCCUUUGGCCUUGGAUACCCCUAGAUUUGUGUCACUCACUCUUGUUUUGCUAGCAUUCACAUAUUUGUUAGCUGUGGCCAUUCCAAAUGUUUGGUACUUUUUUCAGUUUUUGGGAUCCACUACCAUUCCUUGCCUCUCAUUCCUCUUCCCUGCUGCAAUCAUUCUAAGGGAUAGGCAUGACAUAUCAAAAACAAAAGAUCAAGUAAUAGCAAUAGUGGUGAUCAUUUUGGCUGUUGGGACAAGUGGAAUUGCUAUAUGGACCAAUUUGUAUGGUUCUUCUAGUGCUUGACUACAAGGGUUUUGAGGGCAUCCUGAUUCAGUUCUCACCAAAAGAGUGAUUCUGCUUCUACAAGAGUCCAUGAUCUGAAUAAUACUUGUGUAUAUGAAGUUAUGCAAAUAGUGUAUCACUUGAUUUGAUGUCCUUGAAUUCUCUUAUUCUUUCCAUCUAUUACAAUGUUAUAUAUUACUGGCAUUGGUCAUUGUUCA